AUGGUCUGCCCCUACAAAGCCACUUGCACACUAUUUGCUGCCAUGGCAUCCAUCUUCUACAUUCGAUCCACCUUUGAUGAAAAUGAUUUCACAGAAACUUCUUACGCGGAGGACGGAACCGAAAAAUCGGUUCAAACGAAAAAGACGAUGUCUCCUUUGCGAAGAGCCGUUACCAUCUCUCUUCUCAUUGUAUUCCACAUCGAUCUCAUGUUCACUGGAUACUUGCGUUCUGGAGUAAAGGAAGGCUUGGCCAUGCUGAAGGCCUAA